CCCCCUCCAUUCUCCACGCGCGACGACUUUAGACCCAUCAUUUAAGAGUGAUUGGCGGCGUACUUUGUUUUUGGUAGCGGUGGACCCGGACUGGAUGCAUUUGUUACUUCAUGAUCUCGAAAAUUGACAUCAUUGGUCUAAGCUUUCGAGCCCCUGGUUUUAGUCCCCGUCUAUCAGAGAGGCUUCUGGGCACGGUUUAUCCCCGGAGCUCAAAACCCGGGCCCCUUUUUAGCGUGAUCGGCCUGGUUUGGGCUCAAGGGGAUAAGCGCUCGCCUCAUUUUCCUCGACGCGGGUGAACCAAGCCAGCUCUCGUUUCUAACCAGCUCACUAGUCAUAGUCAUACCUUCAGCUACAAUUCUAUAUUAAUUCAUCUUAUGGAAAAUUAGGACCUGGUUCAAAUACGAUGACGUCACCUUCAGGUGUAAAAAGGCCGCUCAAAGUGUCCAGCGGCAAUCCUCAGGCACAGAACGCGCCGGCAAAACGCGUCAGGCACAAGAGCUCAAGCAAAACGAGCACGGCGGUCUGGGAUGUGACCGGCCGCUACACCCUUAGCUGUGGAAAUAAGUACCAGCCCGUGGAUGCUAACGACUACGUUCUAGAUAUGCGUUAUACGCAUACUAGCUCUCAUACAUGUCAGCUAUAUGCCUUCUUCAAUUUCCCAAAUCUGAAUCUUACUGGUAGAAUGCGAUUAUGCCCGAAGAACGCAAUCGCGUCAAGUUCUAACGGCAAGCUAUUUCUCUCCGAUUUUGAAGCUGCAUGUGAAUUGGCUGAGGAUGUGAGACCAGGCCCGAAAUCAAAAGAGUGGUUGAUGAGGUGGCGCGGCGAGGAAGACGGCUUUAGGUUAGGCGGGGAGACUCGGGCACAAGGCCAGUUCCUGUUCGAAGAGGAAAAUGACCCCGGCGAAAACAAUAGAGGCCCCAAGAUACGCAUCAAGUUCGCCAUGGUGCACAAGGGCAAGCAUUUAAUCCUAGAGGGGACGCAGCAUGAUACGAGCCCCGAGAGCGACGAGGAUAAGGUUGCUGCCGAAGACCCGACGGCGCAAACUGAUGCGUCCCGGAUGCUAGAGGAUUGGAAGCAGCUCUACGAGCCUCAGUGGGAACAGAAGUCUCCUUCGGAUACUGAGGAGGACGAGCGAGAGUUGUUGGCGCUGCAGGAUGCUGGCGGACCCCUGCCCAAACCUCACAACAAAUGGGAGAAUCCUCGUACGGGAAGGGUCAUUACGACGAAGAACAAACCCGGCCCGAUCCCCGGAUUUAUCGUCAACGCGGGUGCGACGUCACGCUAUCUUGAAGAGCGCCCCGAUUGGGCCUGGAAUGUCAUGGGGAAGUACGAGAUCAGUACCAUCGGGCUAACUAAGGCUUUGGGUGUGUCCGAAGGCAAGCCUGUGGCUAUGACCAUGACGGUGCAGAUGGAUAAUAAUGCGAAGCACCAAAAAGCCGGACGACAGCUCUGGGCUAUAAUCGAAGCUGGCGAUUUACUCGCCCUCGCACGCUUUCGACCGUGUCCUACGCCUAACAGUCUAUUAGAAGACUCCUUAGAAGUCUUCGAGAAAGCUUGCGUCUUGAAGCCGGGGGUAUGGGUUGGCCCCAAGGCGCAAGGAACUCAAAACUGGGAGAUGCGUUGGAGGGGGUUCUCGGACGCUAGCUUGCAAACGAUGGCAGAGGAUGCUAUAGGGUCGGAGGUUAUAUUCACUAAAGAUGACCAGGGGAAACUAAUAUUUAGAGGCAAGAUGAUAGUUAAAGACGAGAGCUUUCUUGUGGUGGGAACCUGGGUUGCGCCCACGGAAGAGAGGCGGCCUAGCGCUCCUACGGUCAACACCGAAUGGGCAAAGUAUUUCAAGGGGAAACCUGCUAUAAAAAUACGGAGGCAUCUGGAACAUAUUAUUGUCCUAGAUAAAUACUGUCAAUCCACGCUAAUCUGA